CAUGCCUCUAACCAAAUCGUGUCUAGUGUCGAAAUUGUUUUCCAUACGAAAACUACGCGUCUCGAUCAGAAUUCUACUUGUUUCGAGAAUUUACGAAAGUGGUAACGGGAAUUAACAGUGAUAAAAAUUGAAUUCUAUAAUGUACUCUUGCCAUUAUCAUAUCUGAAACAACUUUGUUCGAUUAAUGGGUGCAGCGCAUACGACUAAAGUCACAGAAAAAAUGGAGAACUCUGAACGUUCAGACGAUCGAGGAAAAGUAGAGGGACAUUCGCGUGCAAGUAGCAGCGCGAGGCCAUUGUCGAUUGAAGGACCUUCAAAUAUGAGUAACACUGAAACACGAGUACUUGACCCGCUACCAAAUCAACCUAGACAACCAUCAAAUUUACAAGGAUUACUCAAAUUUGCUAUGGAAGCGACAAAUUCUCAAAAUAUCACUAGCAGUAGUCAGUUCCAACCACUGGAUAAAGAAAGGCAAGAAUUUUUGAGACAAGCACUUUCCUCUAUGACGUGUAAUGUGAUAGAUGAAUUACAAAAAGCUAUUAAAAUUCUGUCGAAUGUAGUUGACCUUCGACCAGAGGAUGAUGCUACCCAGUAUGAAAUUGCAUUGGAAAGGAUCUCAGAUUUUGUAGAUAAUAUAGAUGUUGCCAAUGACUUUUAUAAAAUUGGGGGUUUCUCAAUAUUUGGUCCAUGUUUAAAUUCUCCUCUUAGCAGUAUUAGAUGGAGGGCAGCAGAUGUAAUUGCUGAACUAGCUCAAAAUAAUCCCUUUUGCCAAGAAAGAUUUUUAGAAACAGGUCUCUUUCCCAUAUUACUGAACAUGAUAGACACAGAUCCAGCAGAAGCUGCUAGAAUUAAAGCUCUAUAUGCGGUUUCUUGCAUAGUUCGGGAGCACCCAAUAUCUUUGAAAUAUAUGGACAUAAAUGAUGGAUACUCUGUUCUCUUAAGAGCUAUGCAAAGUUCGGUGAAGAAAUUACAAAUUAAAUCCGCCUUUUUCUUAUCCGCACUUUGUAGCAAAGAAAAUACAACAGAUAUGAAGUUAACACUAGUGAAUAUGGGCUUGAUUGAGCAAGCAGCAGGUUUGCUAGUCAUUGAUGAUCUAUUACCAGAGAUUAGAGAUCAAUUGUUAAAUAUUCUCGAUGGUUUAACCAAUGAUGACUUUUACGCUGCUUUAAAAGAAUGUCGACGACCGGAGCUUUCCUUGCAAUCCACGUUGGAACGUUGUAUAAGUGAUUUAAAACAAGAAGAAAAUCCCGAUCAGAUAGACGUAUGUUAUCGGGUGUUGAAGAAAGUUUUUUCUGAUCAUGAUACAAAUCAAGAAAGGUAA